AUGGGCAGGAUCUGCGUUAAGGAAGAUGACGAGGAUGCGAAUACAAGCAACGGAGGCUGGGACGAGAGCGAGUUGGACAAAAACCUGAAGCAACUGAGCCUUACGACCCUUAAAUCUUGGGAUGACCCCUUUGUCGGCGCUCAUCCUCGUCCUCCUCCUCGCAACAAAAAUGGGUCGACUGCUACCAAGUCAACCAACACCGACAUCAGGAAGAAGAAGCAGAGACUCCGCGAAGCAACACUUGCAAGAAUGGAACAGAUCAACGAGAAGCUUCAACCCUGGGAGAAUGGCGAGAGCAUAAUGACUCGUGCUCAAGCUCAAGAAGUCGACCGUCUUUGCGACGAGAUCCCGACUCGUGCCCAAGCUCAAGAAGUCGACCGUCUCUGUGACGAGUAUUACCAGAUUUGCGCAGCGCUCCCGCCUCCACAGGACUUGUCUCCCUCGGGCUCGAGUGCACUGCCUCAUUCGCACUCCUCCUACCUCAAUAAUAACACCGAUCACUACUCCGACAGCUACAACAACACCAGCGGUGACAGCUCCGACACCAACUCCGGCACCAACCCCGGCACCAACUCCGGCCCCAUCGACUGGAUCAUGGCACUCCGCACCAAGGAAGAUUUCGAAAAGUAUCACGAGCACCAGAAAAUCAAGUUCGGACGCAAAGAUCCCGAGGAUUACAACCUGAUGGACAUGGACUCCGUACAACUUAACAGACGAGGAAGGGAAGAAAUGCUGUCCGUGGUGCUCGGGAACAAAAAGGGACGGUUGGGGAAGUACUGGGAUUGGCUGGCACAGCGGUCGGGGGAGAUGGACAGGGAGAUGGAGUUGAAUGGCCCCACGAGGCAUACGAGGGUGCCGACCAGGAGUCCUAGUAACAACUUUACGGGGUUUUAUGAGAAGUUUGUUAGGCAUUAUGGCCACUAA